GAAACCAGUUUUGAAAAGAUUGAUUUUAAUUCAGCUUGCUCUUUUUAAAAAGAAGCUUAGUUCCAAACAUAUGAAAGGUGGAAAAUUGUCCAUAUUUUUCAUUUUUCAGUUGCGAUUCAGAAGAUCUAUGUAACGCCUCACCCUUCAUCGCCAACCACCACCCUGAAAAACAGCCGGUCUACUCGCCGGAAAUUUUGGCCAUCUUGCGGACAACUAUGGCACGCACCUCAAUGCACUGCUUACUAAUCACACUUCUUCCCGCGCUGGUAACACUUUUUUCAUUCGUUGGAUUAGCUGAAGCUUCCAUACACAACUACAAUCGGGAUCCGUUUAGAGAGGUCGGCAAUGCCUACCUCGCAUCCGGAGGAAGCGAAGGCCUCGCCGCCACCUUCUCCGUCCCUAAGCCACGUCAUGCAUUUCGCUCCGAAGUCCACGACGGACUCUCCUACAUCAGAUUUGAAAAUCUCACAUUUUGGAGGAGUAAAGAAAUCGCGGAACAAGAUGUGGCAUACAAUAGUGGUUUGAUACAGAUAAUCAUUUUUGAGGCAGCAGACCGUGAUAAUAUUGGUGGUUCACCUUAUGGUGGGCAAAGGUCAAUUUGUUGUACCCCUGAUCUUGCUAAGAUGGAAGGCUGCAAACAAGGAGAAGUGAUUAGGACACCUUCGGCAACCGAUAUUAACUGGCCGGUGGUGUUGAAUGUAAAGUUUAAAGGAAAACAGUUAUCUGCCCGCAUGAAAAACAGGGAGGUUUAUAUAAAAAAGACUGGGAUGUACAACUUAUUCUUCAUCUCAUGUGAUCCAUAUCUCAAAGGAAUGAAAGUAACUGGAAAAACAGUGUGGAAAAACCCAGAUGGCUUCUUACCUGGUAGAAUGUCACCCCUCAUGAAAUUCUAUUCCAUUAUGUCUCUAGCAUAUGUUAUCUUAAGUUCCAUCUGGUUUCUGCAAUAUGUGAGAUACUGGAAGGAUGUUUUGCCACUUCAACACUGCAUUGCUACUGUUAUUGCUCUCGGACUAUUUGAGAUGUUAUUUUGGUAUCUUGACUAUGCUUACUUCAAUAACACUGGAUCAAGGCCCGUAGGCCUCACAUCUUGGGUUGUGACAAUUGGAGCAAUAAGAAGAACUGUUUCACGCAUCCUUAUUCUUUCCAUCUCGAUGGGUUAUGGUGUUGUACGGCCCACACUUGGUGGUCUUACAAUUAAGGUGCUGCUUAUUGGCAUCACUUAUUUGUUGGCAUCUGAGCUACUAAAUAUUACCGAGUAUGUGGGGACUAUAAAUGAUGUAGCGGGAAGAGCUAUGGUCUUUUUGGUCCUUCCUAAUGCACUUCUGGAUGCUUUUUUGAUUUUGUGGGUUUUUACAUCUCUUUCUAGGACACUUGAGCAGCUGCAGGCAAAGAGAAGUUCUGUGAAGUUGGACUUAUAUAGGCAAUUCUCAAAUGCAUUAGCUGUUACUGUUAUUGCUUCAGUUGCUUGGAUAGGGUAUGAGGUUUACUUCAAAGCAACAGAUCCCUUCAACGAGAGGUGGCAGAGUGCCUGGAUCAUCACUGCAUUCUGGGACAUUCUUGCAUUUGCACUACUGUGUGUCAUCUGCUUCCUUUGGGCACCUUCACAGAGCUCCCAAAGGUAUGCAUACUCAGAUGGGAAAGGAGAAAACAGUGAUGACGAAGAAACAGAAUCCUUGUGUAAAGAGAGUCCUAUAGGAGGCGAUAUCAGUUUAACCAAAAUGGGGAGGAAGGAAGGGACGGAAACUUGUGACCUGGAAGGUGAAGCAGAAGAUGAUGAUGAUGGUGAUGAUAGUGGUGGAAAGAGGGAAUGAGUACAAAGUUGCCAGUUGCCACAUUGUACAUUGUCAAAAAAAAGGUGUUGUCCCACAGAUCAUUAAAUUUUGGAGAAAUGAGGAGAUCUGGAACAGAUAUGUACUGUAUUUAUCUGGCCAUAUGUAAAAGGAUCUUCAUUUACUAAAUGAAAUUUAUUGGACUUGUUUAACGUUACACGCACAUGGAC